CCACAGUGCAGUAAGUAGUAAUAAUUGUGUGUUAGCCUCCAGUUAAGAGCAGUAUGAGUAAGGAACUGUCUCUAAGUCAGUCAGCUCAAUAUGUUGGGCCCUAUCGACUGGAAAAGACUCUGGGGAAGGGACAGACAGGACUGGUCAAACUGGGGGUCCACUGUAUUACGGGUCAGAAGGUAGCCAUCAAAAUAGUCAACAGAGAGAAGCUGUCUGAGUCAGUCCUGAUGAAGGUUGAAAGGGAGAUUGCCAUUCUGAAACUGAUUGAGCAUCCGCAUGUAUUGAAGCUGCAUGAUGUUUACGAGAAUAACAAAUAUCUGUACCUGGUGUUAGAGCAUGUGUCAGGAGGAGAGCUUUUUGACUACCUGGUGAAGAAGGGCCGGCUAACUCCGAAAGAGGCCAGGAAGUUCUUCAGGCAGAUCAUCUCUGCUUUGGAUUUCUGCCACAGUCAUUCCAUCUGUCACAGAGACCUGAAGCCUGAGAACUUGCUCCUGGAUGAAAAGAACAACAUUCGUAUCGCUGACUUCGGCAUGGCCUCCCUACAGGUGGGAGACAGUCUGUUAGAAACCAGCUGUGGAUCACCACAUUACGCUUGCCCUGAGGUUAUACGGGGGGAGAAGUAUGAUGGGCGGAGAGCAGAUGUGUGGAGCUGUGGGGUCAUCCUGUUUGCCCUACUGGUGGGGGCCCUUCCUUUUGACCACGACAAUUUACGCCAGCUCCUGGAAAAGGUAAAGAGCGGGGUGUUCCACAUGCCUCACUUCAUCCCCCCGGACUGUCAGUCCCUGCUGAAGGGAAUGAUUGAGGUCAACCCUGAAAAGAGGCUCACGCUAGAGGCCAUCCAGAAACAUUCCUGGUAUCUGGGUGGUCGUAACGAGCCGUGUCCUGAGCAGCCUCCUCCAAGGCGAGUUUGUGUGAGGCGAAUCUUGUCCCUGACUGAGCUGGACCCAGAUGUGCUGGACAGCAUGCACUCGCUCGGUUGUUUCCGAGACAGAGUCAAGCUCACACGUGACUUGCAGUGUGAGGAAGAAAACCAGGAGAAAAUGAUCUAUUACCUUCUGCUAGACAGGAAAGAGCGGUACCCCAGCUAUGAGGAUGAGGACUUACCUCCGCGCAAUGAUGUAGCAGACCCUCCUCGAAAGCGCGUCGACUCCCCUAUGCUGACGCGCCACGGCCGUUGCCGUCCCGAAAGGAAGAGCCUGGAGGUCCUGAGUGUCACCGAACAAGGGUCUCCUACGCCACCUCGCAGGGCCCUGGACACAGCUGCACACAGCCAGAGGUCUCGCUCAGUCAGUGGCGCAUCAACCGGUCUCUCCUCCAGCCCUCUCAGUAGUCCCAGGUCCUAUCAGAGCCCCGUCUUCACUUUCAGCCAAUCAGAUGUCACCUCUGCCACCGCUUCCCCACUCACAAAGGAGUCCAAACAGGGAAGCACCACCACUCCUCGCUCAGCACGGGCUCAUGACAAGCCCAAAGCUCCCCCAAACCCAAAGACCCAGACCUUGCCCACCAAGGGGCCCGCCAACCGACCCCACCUGCAGCCCAUCAAAUCCUUGCCUCUGCAAAACCCAUCCUCCCGCUCGCCCUCCCCUUCCCCACUCCUGUCACCCAUCCCCCGUUUCUUCUUCCCUUCCUCUUCUGUCCUAAAGUCAGUGACUAAGAGCUUCUACCCAAACUCUGCCCACUCUGUGCCGCAGGUCACUCCCCAGGGCUCUCCGUUGCCCACACCCUUGGGCACCCCUGUUCACCACCCUCACCACCCCUCCUCCACCCCGCCCUCCUCUUCCUCGUCCUCAUCCUCCUCACGGGCGGAGGGAGGGGGAGGGGUGGGCUCACUGUCGCUGACCCCACCCUCCAGUCCAGGAGGGGGAAGCGGCAUGGCAGCCAGCAGCUCUGCCCAUUGGAGGACUCGCCUCAAUUCUUUCAAGAACAACCUCCUGGGCUCACCAAGAUUCCAUCGGCGUAAAUUGCAAGUUCCUACAUCAGAGGAUAUGUCCAGCCUAACGCCAGAAUCCAGCCCUGAGCUAGCUAAGAAAUCGUGGUUUGGGAAUUUCAUCGGCUUGGAGAAAGAGGAGCAGAUCUUCGUGGUGAUCAGAGACAAACCGCUGAGUUCUGUCAAAGCUGACAUUGUCCACGCCUUCCUGUCUAUCCCAUCCCUCAGUCACAGCGUCCUCUCACAGACCAGCUUCCGAGCCGAAUACAAAUCCUCCGGCGGUCCCUCCGUCUUCCAGAAGCCCGUCAAGUUCCAGGUGGACAUUGCCUUUUCCGAGGGCGAGAGGGAGCGGGACAGGGAGAGAAACGAGAGGGAGGGCAGGAGGGAGACAGGAAUUUACAGCGUGACAUUCACCCUCAUAUCAGGUCCGAGUCGCAGGUUCAGACGGGUGGUGGAAACGAUUCAAGCGCAGCUUCUCAGCUCCCAUGAUCACCCAUUGGUGUCAGCCCUAUCUGAUCCCUUCCCAGAUGAGAAGAACAGUCGGCCCCACGGGACCCCCACCCGCCAAAACUCGAGGCGCUCCGAGGGUGGGGGCGACAGGUGUGAGUGGGGUGACCGAGCAGAUGGCGGAGGCAUAGGAGGCAGCGGGGGAGUUCUGCAGCGCAGAGGCUCAGCCAAAGAGAGAACCCGACUGCUGUCCUCCAACGGAACCCAAUCCCAACCGUAAGAUAGGAAGUUAGACCGCGCAGCAGGAUGCCUGAACUACACCAGAAAGAAGACAGUGUAAUUUCAUCUCCAAGUAUCCCUGCAAGCCAUGAGCUACUCCUAUUCUUCCUUGUCUAAGUUACUGAAGGUGCUUGACCACAGAGCAAGGAUUGAGCCUUUUUCCUCCCCAUCAUGCACAUUUUUUCCAACUUGAGAUUCUUAUGAUCACCAGGAUUCCUACCCUUAAAUGAGAAACAAGUGUUAACAAACCGCCCUUUAAUGAAAAAAAUAAUAACAGUACGUGAAUGAGCAGUUUGGUAUUCAUCAUAGGUACAGCUUCACAGAUCAAACUAGGAAUUUUGAAGUGCUAAUGUGCAUGCCAGUUAGCGAAUCAAUGCUCAAGGAUGCUGAUAUGAUCAGAUAGGUUAGUCUACCAUAUCAUCGUAAUACAGUAUCCAACACCAAAAAAAAAGGAAAAAAGAAAUAACAGUCUUGUGAUGGUUCUCGAGAUUACUCCUAAAAUGAAUCAGUGCGCUCAUAUCACUAUCAAGCAACAUGUAAACCCGCCCAUACUAAAAAGAAAUAUGAAUGCAUCUCAGCAGAAGAAUCCUAAAGAGUUAGCACCCUGCUGCCGCCCCAGUGAGUGGCGAUGAGCUCAGUGAAGGUCCUGUUUUUCUCCAGCAGUGUCUCCUCCUAAGGUAAAGAAAACCAACAAAGUAAGCUAAGUAAGUGAAUGUGAACAAAAAAGAUAUUUUUUUAUUUAGUUUUUAUUUACACAUUUCUUUUAAGGAUGUCAGUAGCACAGUGAUCACAGUAAAGACAGCAACUGAGACACUCCACACAGUGUUUGACAGUGGAAGCUGCUUUUCCGACAGGCAUUCAUUCAGAGUUAAGUGUUUCGAUUCUUUUGUAUUUGCUUUUUACUCAGAGACAAUAUGAAACAAUGCUUCUAAGAUUUUUGCAUUGGACCCUCGUUGCUCUGAAGAAAAGUGUUUGAACAGAAAUAUGAACAGUAAUAUAUGAAAGCUUUUUUUUUGUUUUGUCGUCACUAUCCGUGAUUAGCUUUAUGAACCUCAUCACAGCUGUUUGCGCCCAGAUUGAAUGAGAAGAGCAUCACCGGCCUGUGGAUCAAACAGAAACUGCCUUUCUCGUCAAGCUUUGUCUCCUGUUGCCAUAGUAUUCAUAUACUGACUCACGUCAAAAUAAAGCAAACAAACAAAAAAAGAAGAUACACAGUAAGGAAAUUCAUCAAUGGGACGUAUUCAUGAUGCUGGACUUUAAAAAAGGCGUCAGCUCCUUGUUGAACAGGACUUCCUAACCCCACGCUCGUUAUUUCAGUGUUCACCGACAAGCCAAGUAUGCAUCGCCGCACCCUCGCUCAUCACUAAGAGUCGCCAUUCUGCAAGCAGACGUAGCAACUCAAGGCAGUCACAUAUAUUACUCCAGUACUCUAUCAGACUAGUCGAUGUUCAUCACAGUCUUCCAUACAGUGCAAUAUGCAACAAGAGUGCAGAAGGAUUUCAGAGAGACACACAGUGCUACACUUUAUUUUAAUGUCAUUUUUUCUAAUCUGUCGAUCUAUCUGUCUGUUGUUUAUUUAUUUAUUUAUGGGGAUUUUUUUCAUUUAUUUGUUUUGUAAACUAGAUUUCAUGCCAACAAAAUGUGUCAAUAACAAACCCAAGAAACCCGUUCUUAUUCAUGUUAUUUAUUGAUUUUUCUUCGAUAGCAGCAGUUGCUCUCAUCUCACGUCCCCACUGAGCUUUGCUCUGUAUCUUGCGUCUCUGUGACUGGUAUCUGUGUGUGAGACGGGUGGGUGGUGACUGAAUAAGAGUGGGCUGAGCACUUUGCAGCAGAUGUAUUUUGAGGUAGUUACGUGUGGAUUUUCCCAACUGACCCAGUGAUUUUGAACUAACCAACACAGCCAAACCAUAACAGGCCUAUGUUUUCUCUGUCACAAACACACACGAGCAUAUCAAAUGCUUGCUUGUUGGCUUUAUCUCUUGCAUUAAUGCCUUGUCCGUUUGACCCGUCUGUCCCGCUUCCUCACAUCUAUUGUGUUCCCAUUGUCACAAGAAGAGAAACUGUAUGGAGUUGUUUGCCUCACAGUCCUAAACACACUGACUGCUCACCUCAUCUUUCACGUCACCUUCACUUUUCAUUGACCCAACUCUGGCUAAGAUUGUAAACUAUUCUCCAUCCAUAAGGGUCAGUAGAAUAAGGUGUUUAAAAAAAAAGAAAUGUCUGUAUCAUAAUUUAAAUAUAAAAAGUGCACUAUUAUAACUAUUGCCUGUGAUUAAAAAGAACAAUUAUGAUUGAAUUGAUGGUCAAAAUAAAGAGAGAUCCACCUUAUUGUUAUGGUUACAGUAAUAA